UUGUAGGUACCAAUCUCACCAUUGUAGACUACGCCAGACUACGCUCUACUUGUGCAUUUACCACGAGGAUAUUAACCUUUUCGCAAUUUUUAAUAUAGCUGCGACAUCGCUCCAUAAUUCGAGAAUAUGUCCGUGCCUGAGAAAGUGUUGAUGCGAAAAAUUAAAAAACGGGAAAAAACGAAAUUAACUGUAUUAAAACGUCGAGAAGAGCAGCAGAAAGAUGCAGUUGACUUGAAGGAGACAACUGAAACAAGUCAGGAACAUGCACAAGACAUUCCUUUAAAAAAAAAGAGAAAGUUAGCAUCUGAAGAAAAUGACAAGUUAGAGAUAACAGAGAUAUCCUCGACUACUGAGAAUUUACCAGGUACAGCUGUAGGUUUUGAAGUAACAAAUGAUACAGGCUUUUCAGUAUUAAAUGAGAAAGUAUGUGAGAAUACAUUAAAGGCGAUAAAGGAUAUGGGUUUUACAAAUAUGACAGAAAUACAAGCAAAAGCUAUUCCUCCUCUUUUGGAAGGGAGAGAUUUGGUUGGCGCUGCCAAAACUGGAUCUGGCAAGACAUUGGCGUUUCUGAUUCCUGCUAUUGAAUUGAUUUACAAGUUGAAGUUUAUGCCACGUAAUGGUACCGGAUGUAUUAUUAUGUCCCCUACAAGAGAAUUAGCUAUGCAAACUUUUGGAGUCUUGAAAGAAUUGAUGAAAUAUCAUUAUCAUACGUAUGGUCUGCUGAUGGGUGGUGCCAGUAGGCAAAUGGAAGCGCAAAAGCUUGGAAAGGGUAUUAAUAUUAUUGUGGCAACACCAGGACGAUUAUUAGAUCAUUUACAAAACACACCUGACUUCUUAUACAAGAAUCUGCAGUGUCUGAUUAUUGACGAAGCCGAUCGUAUUUUGGACAUCGGUUAUGAAGAAGAGUUGAAGCAAAUUAUCAACAUUCUUCCUAAACGGCGGCAGACCAUGCUUUUCAGCGCGACACAGACACAGAAGGUAGCGACGAUAACGACGUUAGCUUUAAAAAAAGAACCUAUAUACGUAGGGGUCGACGAUGAUAAGGAAAUGGCAACUGUAGAAGGCUUGCAACAAGGCUAUGUAACAUGUCCAAGUGAGAAAAGAUUUCUACUUCUGUUCACCUUCCUAAAGAAAAAUAAGCAAAAGAAGAUAAUGGUUUUCUUCAGUUCCUGCAUGUCUGUUAAAUAUCACCAUGAACUCUUGAACUAUAUCGAUUUACCAGUAAUGAGUAUUCAUGGUAAACAAAAGCAGACAAAAAGAACUACAACCUUUUAUCAAUUUUGCAACGCUUCCUCAGGAAUUUUACUUUGUACCGACGUAGCCGCGAGAGGUUUAGAUAUACCAGAUGUUGAUUGGAUCGUUCAGUUUGAUCCACCGGACGAUCCCAAGGAAUAUAUUCAUCGCGUAGGCCGAACAGCUCGCGGUGAAGGCAGUAGUGGUCAUGCUUUAUUAAUAUUGCGACCAGAGGAACUUGGCUUUCUUCGUUAUCUCAAGAUAGCUCGUGUACCCGUGAACGAAUAUGAAUUCUCUUGGAAUAAAAUCGCUGAUAUACAAUUGCAGCUUGAGAAGUUGAUUUCAAAAAAUUACUUCUUACACCAAUCGGCGAAAGAAGCGUUCAAGAAUUAUGUCAGAGCGUAUGAUUCUCAUCACUUGAAACAAGUUUUUGAUAUAGAAACUUUAGAUUUAGCGAAAGUUGCUAAAUCCUUUGGAUUUGUUGUACCGCCAGCGGUAGAUUUGAAAAUAGGGAUCAGCAAGGCUUCACGGCCACGAAAGAGACUCGGUGGAGGCGGUUAUGGACACUUCAAGAACAUAAACAAUCCAAAUCUUAUAAAGCAAGUGAACCGUACCAAGACUUUUCGUCAAGUAGGCAAACGUAAGAAUGAUAAUCGGCAAUUUUGCAGAUAAUGGCUAUCUGAGCACUUUUUACUUGUAUGGAUGACAAACAGCGAUAUUCCAUGUAGUACAUAGUAAAAGAUCAUUGUACCAUUUAUACUGGAUCAAAAAUAUGUUUUUAUAUUAAGAAGCUAUUGUUCUUAAUAUUUCGCUGUUAUUUCUCCUUAUUUUUAAGUCAAAUAAAGAGUUUUAAAUAAAA